UAUUUUACCGGAUGAAAAUAACCAAAGUCCCUUUCUGUAAAAUUCAGCAUGACCAGGGUAACGGUUCUAUUGCAGGUCAGGAAACAGAUGCCGCAAUUCUCCACUACUUGGGGUCACUAUUAGUAAUGUAUUAACUACUAUCAUUUAUUUCGCUCUGUCGCCAUGACGUCCCCGUGUCCCGGAGGUACGGACACACAGACGCCGGCAGUGCUGGAUGCCUUUCGCUCAGCAUUGGAAUCUGAGUUUCCAGCUCGUAAGGCGGCAGACGUGGUGCCCCUCAAACCCAGUCUCGGCGUGUUUACUGCGUGGCCAGCGCCCCCUCCCUCCAGCAGAACAGGUGCAGCCAUGCAAGAAAGCAUACGUUUUGCAUCAUCAGGAGAUGACAUUAAAAUAUGGGAUUCCUCAUCUUUCACCGUGGUGGAGCAGUUCAACCCACAUACACCCUCACAUCCAGUCAGUUCACUGUGCUGGGCCAGCAAUAAUAGAUACCUGGCUAGUGCUUCUGCUGCUGGUGAUAAAAUAAUUGUUUCAAGCUGUAAAAGCAAACCUGUCCCACUCUUUGAAAUAGCUGAAGGAGCAAAACAGACAUGUGUGAGCUUGAAUGCUAGUUCUUCAUAUCUUGUCAGUGGAGGCCUUGAUAACACAGUUAAUAUCUGGGAUUUGAAGUCCAGAAAGAUUUACCGCAGCCUAAAGGAGCAUAAAGAUGAAAUCACGAGUGUUGCAUAUAAUUGGAAUGAUGGCUAUGUUGUUUCUGGAUCUUUGAGUGGUGAAAUCAUCCUACACAGUGUUACCACCAAUUUAUCAAGUAGUCCCUUUGGUUAUGGCAGCAGACAGCCUAUUCGACACUUGAAAUAUUCAUCCUUUAAGAAAUCCUUGCUGGGCACUGUUUCUGACAGUGGAAAUGUAACUCUCUGGGAUGUAAAUAGCCAGAGCCCAUAUCAUAAUUUUGAAAAUACUCAUAAGGCACCAGCCUCAGAAAUCUGCUUUUCUCCAGUCAAUGAGCUGCUGUUUGUAACUGUAGGUUUGGAUAAAAGAAUUAUUUUCUAUGACACUUUAGGUAAAAAGUUACUGAAAACAAUUGUAGCUGAUUUUCCUCUGACCACAGUAGACUUCAUGCCUGAUGGUACUACUUUGGCUAUAGGAUGUUCCCGGGGAAAGAUCUGCCAGUAUGACUUAAGACAACUGACAUCACCAGUGAAAGCAGUUACUGCUCACAAAGGCUGUGUGAAAUGCAUACGUCUUCAGUUCAGCAGCACUUUUUCCAAGUCUAACAUCACAGGUUCUUCAAAUAAACCUGUGUCCAAAAGAGUAGAAGUCAAAGCUGGUAGUAAUCUUGGAGGGAUUCAAAAUACUGGCAUCAAAAACAUCGCUUCUCAAGCAUCAGCAACAGUUUCCUCUCAUCUUACAUUGACAAAUGAGAAUAAGGGAGGAGAGAUUUUUCAGGAGAAAACAGCUUUUCCCCAUAGUUCCAGUUUGGAUGUCAUUCCAUCUAAAGAAGCAGAUCAUGGGAAAAGUGCUGAAUUAAGUAAUUUUGAGGAUUUGGGUCGAAGUAGUUUAGGAGACGUGUUUUCUCCAGUCAGAGAUGAUAUUAUUGCAAAUAAAGUGACUGAAGAUCCUCAAGGAAAUGGCUUGGAUUUCCAGUCCUACCUAUUGGGUUUGGAUUUUCUCCCGCAGCCUACCAUUGCCUUUCCAGUAAAAAGAAACCUAGUGGGCAGUAGUGCACAAGGAACACAGUCUAGCCCAUUACAUGCACUUGUGGGAUCUCCAAUUAAAGAAGAGGAGGAACUUCCAGAGACUGAUUCUAAGAAAAUAAGUCUUGGGAAACAAGAAUCUAAAGACAUCUUGAAGCAGGUUUCAAAAUCAAGCUUACCAAGCAUAGAACCUUCUUCACCAUCAUGUACUUCUGAUGCAAAUGAGAAACUAAUGAAGAAUAUUCAGGCCCGUCCUGCAUAUGAUCUACCAGUAAAUGGUACUACCUCAACAAGUUCAAAGAUAACAUCACCUGUCACUGCUGGAGUUGCAAGUUCGUUGUCAGAAAAAAUAGUAGAAACCAUUGGGAGUAGCAGACCGAAUGCACCUCUGACAGCAAUUCAAAUAAACUUCAUUCAGAAUAUGAUACAAGAAACAAUGGAUGACUUCAGAGAAGCAUGCCAUCGAGAUAUUGUGAAUUUGCAAGUGGAGAUGAUCAAGCAAUUCCAUAUGCAGUUGAAUGAAAUGCAUGCUUUACUUGAAAGAUACUCUGUCAAUGAAAGCUUAGUAGCUGAAAUUGAGAGACUGCGAGAGGAAAACAAAAGACUGAGGACUCACUUCUGAAAGAUUUGCAUUGCUGAUUUUAUUAGCGUGAACUCACUACAGGUGGUGUGUUGUCUCUGACAGAUCAUCUGUCAUCACUGAAGUAUUGUUUGAAGACCUGUUAUUUUGAACAUGAAUCUAUUCUCCUAAAUAACUAGUGUAAGAUACUUUGUGUAAUUAAAAAGUUUGUAGCAGAUAGGCACUGUAUAAAGAACAUUUGCACCCUCAUGCUGGCCACCUUGCAACGCAGCCUUCUAACAGAAAAACUCCAAGGACAAGUACGGUACUGGAGUUAGCAAUACGUAAAGUGCCUUUUCGUAAACAAAAUCAAACCAGGCCAGAUGCUUUUACUCUAAGAACUUUUUUAUAUAUACCUACUUUUCUAUCUGCUUCUUUAUUCUACUGCUGUCAGAAACAAUCACUACAGCUUGCCUUUUCACAUACUUUCCUUGAAGAAAAAGGGGAGUGAAAGCUCCUCUUUUGUGCACAACAUGGAGUCUUGUUUACAAAGAGCUGGAAAGUACAGUAGUCAGUUAAGUUUAUUCAGCUGGCAACUCUUCUGUCCUGAGUAAAACUAGAGCUUGAAAAUAUUCCCAAAUUCGGUGCCACAGUCUUUCUUACUGAAUUUAUAAGUUUGUUGUUGUUGCAAAUGCUACAUCAACUGCACAAUGAGAUUUUUUUGUUACUACUUUGGCUAUGAAUAUAUAAUUCUUUUUAUUUACAUGUAUUUGAAUGUUGUCAUAGCUUGUCUGAUUUGAAUGCAACUUUAGUCUUCAAAAUGUAAGUAUAUUAAUAAGAUAGCCAUUAAUAAUACAGCAAUGUGUAAUUGAAGUCUUUCAGUCUGACUCAAGCACCUUUUGUGCCCAACCUCCCCUUCCAUUGGUAGUGAACAACACUUGAUAUUGAGCAGUUGUGUUACAGUUUUGAGUCAUAUUGGUUUAGCGUUAUUGUGGCCUUUUUCAGAUAGCUGCAUACCAAAUAUAUUAUCUUGUAUUAUUAACAACUAUUAAAGAGCAGUCAUUACUUCAGUAGCAUAAUAGUAGCAUACUGGUAUGUCAACAUUUCUGAAGUGAAGCUCAGUAGGAAGUUCUGACUAUUGAAGUCCAUGGGAUAUUUGGCUUGGCCUUUAUUUUGCCAAGAAGAUUAAAUUAAAACUUCAAUUUUAAAUUGCUUUAAAAAUUAAAUGAAAAUUUUAAAUUGAGUUAGAAAUUUCUCUGAAAGACUUCUUCUACAGAUGCUUCUUGCUAUUUAAGUUUUUCUGGAGGCUUCUUAAUUUUCCCUCUAAUAAUUGAUUGUUUCUUUUCACAAAUUCAAAACUCAAGCAAAGUCUGAAGAACAUGGCAGGUUAAUUAUUUACGACAUCUAGUGUUUAAGUCCACGAUGGCACUCUGCUACUAAAUGAGUAGAUAAAUACAUGAAAGCCAUAAUAUAUAGUGUAACUUAUUUUUAUAUGUUGCAAAACUAAAGAAAAAACUCCAAACAUGUCUAUAACAUUUCCUUACCUUUAACUUUUUUUUUAAAAAAGAGACUUCCUUUUUUUUGAUGUCAUUUAAUGAAAAACAGUCUUGUAGCAAAAUGAGAGUGUUCAAGUAGCUUUUAAUAUUAGGGAAAUGACUUUAAAUGUCUGUAGUUCUACUGCUUUUAAAAGCUUUUUAAAAUAUUUCUAUAUCACAUAUAACUUCAUAUUGAAAGGAAGCAAAGAAAGUUGGGUUUUUUUACUAACUUAACACACAGUGUAGAGAACUCUUUGUUAAGUUUGUAGGAUAUGUAAGCUUGACACAUAGGCCGCACAGUUCAUGAAGACAGUAGUAGCUGAAGGUAGCAAAAAUAUCUUAGCAUCCUUCUAUGUAUGCUUUUCAGUGUUAAUGAAGUAAUUGUGCAUAUUUCCAUCUCUUGAUUUCUUCAAGUUCUGAACUCUUGCUGAUGUACCUGGAUGACAGCAGGGAGUUAGACCAUUAUUUUGGGUAUUUUGCUUACAGGUAAUUUGUUUUCCUGACACUGAACUGUAUAAUGUUUUUAAUUCCCAAAUGGAGGUGACUAUAACAAGAGUGAUUAAAAAGAUUUUUAGGGCUUUUGUCCAUGUCUCAGGAUUACUGUAGUGCAAGUGGCUACACAUGGUGUGUGGAGACCCACUCUGCCUAUCUCUAUAAGGGUAUGUUUUGCCUUGUACACAAUCUGAUUUGUAUGUUACAAUAAAGCUUGUUUCAACCUUUUUGAGAAAAAAAA